UGGGUGUCAAGCUCUGAUCAGCUUCCUGGUCUCUCAAUGCGAUUUCCUCUCUCUGCUCAAGUAGCUCAGACCACAGUGACACAAAAUAUAUAAAAAGAAAUACCGGAUAGAGCACUAGCAGCAGUUGUCAGAAAUGGCAGCAUUGGUCUCCAAAGAUUCAGAGGGUAUAUACACUGCCCUGGCCUGUCCAGACCAAGAUGUGUACAGCACACUGGGCCAGACCUCACUCAACAGCCCAGGAGCUCAGCACAAAGAGCACAGUGGGCAAAGCUCAUAUCCCUACAGACGGGUUGCAGUGAGUCUGGGGCUGCUGUGUGCUCUCUUAUUGGCUGCCACAGUAGUCCUGUGUGUCCUCUAUACAAGUCUAUCAGAGAACUAUUCAAAGGAGGAGAAGCUCAGAAGCAAUUGCAGCACCAUGAAUACAGAGAAAGUCCAGCUACAGAGCAGUGUGCCUAACCCCUGUCCACAGGGCUGGGCACAGUUCUCUUCGAAGUGUUACUACUUCUCUAAUGAGGCGAAGACCUGGACAGACAGUCACAGUGACUGCGUUAAAAGGGGAGCUGACCUGGUGAUUAUAGAGAGUGAAGAGGAACAGCGGUUCAUCAACAAACAAAUAAAAAACUUUACCUGGAUUGGACUGAGUUACUCAGCAGCUAAGGGUAACUGGCUCUGGGUGAAUGGAACCCCUCUGCAGAAAGGAUUCUGGAGGAGUGGAGAGCCAGAUGUUGAUAAUGGAUUUGAUUGUGCCCUGUUUAUCCCUAAUGUGAAUGCAUGGGAUGCGUUUUUCUGUUCUAAUAAGAAUAAUUUCAUCUGUGAGACUAAUGCUGUACUCCCCUAAACCAUUUUUUAUCAUUGUAUGUUUUUGGUUCUCUCAUCUUGUGAGAGGCCGUUGACCAUGCCAGCUGUGACAGUCAAACACAGGACCAAUAAGCAGACCACAAUGUUACCGUAUUUGUUGGGAAUAUAUGGAAUAUACAUACUGCUGUCUUUACUAGAAAUGUAUCUGUGAGACUAAGCUUUGUUAAAUGCAUUGAAAUGACUACAUGCAGAGUAGAUUUAAGCUAUUACAUUAUUGGUUCUAUGGACAUACUAUACGUAUAAAAAAUCAAAAACCAUACAUUUGAAAUGGUCCUCAUCUUGCUGUUGUGAUACUGUAAAUUUAAAUUGAAAUCGAGAACAGCAGUCACUGCUAAAAAAGCAAAUGUGUUCAUUGGGCCUCAUUUAUCAAUAAUUUCGUAAAUAUGCACAUAAGUUUCCCCGUAAAAUUAUACAAACUAACAACUGCCGCCGCAUUUAUCAAACGUUCGGAGGCACUUAGUUUCAAUCGUAUCCCCGUGCGUAUGUUGAUAAAUCCCAAUCAGUCGUAAAUUGGAAGCGCGUUCACGGUCGCCUCAUUGUAGCGCACCUCACGCGGUGACAGGGGGUCGGCCAGUGGGGUCAUCAACCACUGCUUCAGCGGGUAACCCAUGUGUUGGAAUGGCAUAAGAUCUUCUUGUUUGCCUCGUUAAGUCUGGCUCUAAGAUGUUGCACAGUCUCAAUUUAGAAGGGUUCUAGGGAAUCGGAACCGACUCAUGAGCCACUCGUCAUCCUCGGCAAAAAAGUCACACCGGUCCCUGAAAAUGCGAUCUCGCCGAAGUGCUCUCGCCAAAUCCUCUAAUAGUGCAAGGUCCGCCAUUGCAAGCUUGGACUUAACAGCAUUUUGGCCAUUUAAAUAGUAUUUCUCAUCAAGUAUCUAAAAAAUAUAAAACUGCAAUUAUGAAAUCAUAACUCUUUGUAAUGUUAUUACUCAUUUCAAACAUUUUUGUUUUACUUAAUUAAAAUAGUAUUCGCAACCAAUUUAUGUUAGUUUCUUUAUAAUUUAUCUUUCUUUAUGAUAUUUCAAUAUUUCAUGACAAAAUACGUAGACAAAGAAGCCCAUUUAAUGACCAAUUUCAUCAAUAAAAGUGAAAAAUUCAAGUUAAAAGACGAACUGCGGAGUUUACACACACUCUGCGUGUGGUCUCAGGUUUUCGUAAAUUUCCUUUGCACGUCCGAACAAGUUGGACUCCCGAAAACUUUGAUAAAUCCCAGUUUUCAUGUGUAAAUGUUGGUACGAAGGAAUUACGAGAAAUUUUGUUCGUAUGUUGCUUGAUAAAUGAGGCCCAUUGUGUGAAAGUAUGAGCUAAUAGAAAGAGCUCUCAGUACCUACUUACUCACUAUCUCAUAAAGGCUCUCCAAACAGAGGCUGUGUCCUAAAGACAUAAGCCACAUGUACCCACAAGUAAACAAGUGGUAUGUGACUCUAUGACUUAAAUUCAAUAAACAUUUAUCCUCAACUCUGACUUACAAGUAAUAUCCUUGCUUUAUAAUCCUUGCUGCAAUUGAUAGUCAAAUUUAAGGACUAAUGUUUAUUGAAUUUAGGCUUAUGUGGUUCCUGUGUUACCUUAAUCUCAAUCUGGCUGUAUCACAGAAGCAAGUCCACAAGCUAAGAGUGUGUGUAAAUGCUACAUUAAUACUCAUAAAUACCAAACUGAUAAAGUACUAAAAAUGAUAUUCCAUGCAUUUUUGAAGAUUAAAAAUGUAUUAAACUGUGUCAAGUAAAGUUUUUGUUAUUCUGAAUGUCAGUUUGCUUGCUUUCUUUGUAAUCAUUUCCUCAUCACUUCAACAUGAGCAGAUUUUACAGGAUAAUCUGAGAAGUGGUGCAGUUCAGCUACAGUUUCCUAAUUUUAUUGGCAACCAGCACUUUCCUUAGAAGUGGUGACUUUCACACUUUAAAGGAAGUUAAAAUAAAAGCUUUACGUAGUAUAUAUAAUGCUUUCAUAAACUUGACAUAAUGGCUUCAUGCAUACGCAAAUGUUGUGCUUCAUAAAGGGUGGCAAAACAUCUUCUUUUACAACAUUAUGCCAAAUGUGACAUAACCAACAAUAUCACCUGGCUAAUGGCUAAACAUUAUAAAGGGUGCGUAAAACCUGCUUAUGUAGGAUCCUAGGCUAACUGUGAUAUAACUCAUGAUGUCACUUGAUGUCAUGAAACAGUCCAAAUCAACCCGAGAGAAGUGAGUCCCCUUGAAUGCUGUUACAAUUUUACUAAAUAUACAGUAAAUUACACAUUUAACAAAUUAAACACAGUACGUAUACGCGCGCACACGCACGCACACAC